AAAGAGUAUUUGAUGAAUAUUUUAUUCUGGACUUUCGAUAAGAAUUUGCCACACGAACGAUCAGAAUUCAGAGAAGAAAUGCCAAAAUGCUAUACAAAAUUAGCCAAAAGAAACUUAGAAUCGGAUUCAAAUAUACGACCAAUAGCAAACAAAACGAUAAAAAUAGAUCAAGAAGCAAUUUUUUGA